AUGGUCGAGCUCGACAUCGACAAGAGCGUCAGCCUCGACCUCUGCAUCCCGCUCUACAAGCAGUACGGAACCACCAUGGCUGGGCUGCGGGUUGUCGGGUACCAAUUCGACUACAAUGAUUUCCACGGGUUUGUUCAUGGACGGCUGGCUUACGAAAAGCUCAAGCCUGACCCGGUGCUCAGGAAUAUCCUCCUGAGCUUACCCAUCCGCAAACUCGUGUUCACGAACGGUGACAUGCUCCAUGCUUUAAGGGCCAUGAAGAGGCUUGGGAUCAAGGACUGCUUUGAGGGGGUUCUGUGCUUUGAGACGCUAAACCCGACAUCGGCCACCCCUCUGCCAUCCAAUAAAGUUGAGAUCUUUGAUAUAAUGAAGCACCUGGCUCAUCCAGAGCCUGGGGUUGAGCUGCCAAGGUCACCAAUCCCGUGCAAACCAAAUCUAGAUGCAAUGUUGCAUGCCCUCAAGCUUGCCGACAUCAAUCCUCAGACUACUAUAUUUUUCAAUGACAGCGUCAGGAACAUCCAGGCAGGGAAGAAAAUCGGAAUGCACAUUGUCUUGGUUGGAACUUCUGAAAGGAUAAAAGGCGCUGACCAUGCCUUGGAGAGCCUUCACAACAUUAAGUAA